AGUAAAGAUUUAUUGGCAGUUGUUGGCUCUCAGAUCUCAGAUCUACAAUCUUAGAUCUUCUCUAUGAAUAAUCAGCUUCUCAAGUUGAAUAAACUCUAAACUGUUGGAGUGUUGGUACUUGGUGACGAAUGAAACUGCGGACCUUCCACAUCUGGACUCGCUGUCUGCUGGACUGUGGAAUGCAUGGACUGCUGGACUGGGUGUAGACGUACUACCUAGCUGCAACAAGUUUCCCCGGGACUUCUGAACUAUUUGACCUACUGCGUACCUACAUCUGUACAUGUAGCUGCAAGGUGUCGAGUGGAGGAGGAAUUACAGUGCCCGUAUCCUUGAUAUUAACCGCGGAAUUGAACUCGUGAACUGAUAAAUCGGAUAUUAAUCGCGGAAUUGACUUCGUGAACUGAUAAAUCUAGGAUCCUAGUGUUUUGAGAUUGUUUAUUACUAUUGGCCAAUAGUUAGUAUACAGCUGUUAGAGUUUUAUUGCAGUUUGCAAUUUUUUGCUAAAAGUUAAAGUUUGUUUAAUAUCUUGACGAAGAAAGAGCUGUGAAGAGCAUUAAAAGUGGUUGUUUAAAAGUUAAAUUCUUUUGCACUGAGUCAGUUCGUGUGUGUGUUACAUAAUUGGCGACCUUGCCAGGACCUACUCGAAAAGUAGAGGCCUGAAACUAAAAAAAAAAAAACAUCUGCUCGUGCAAGUUGAAUUAUUAAAUAUAUUUUAGUGUUCUUCAUAGCUGGUGUUUAAACAGGUUUAAUUUUAGUAUUUCAUUCUGAGAGUCAACAACUGAUUUGUGUGUUGCAUAAUUUGUGCAUUGCAUUGUCAAAUUCAAACGUGCCACAGCACGCAAGUUUUUUUGAUAUUGAAAUUUUGUUUUGUGUUAAUUCAAUCGUAAAUACAAAAUGCCUGACUGUUCAGCAGAGCUUCGGGAAUUAGGUUUGUCAUGGUGCAAAAAGGAAGAUUUACGUGUUACUCAUUGUUUUCUUCUUGUCAGUGCAACCACGGUACAUUUUCCCACAGAUGACAUAGCCCUUGCUUUAUAUCAGACCAUAAACCAUCUCGCUAGUGUUUCGCGCCAGGAUAGAGACAGCCAAACUCUUCUUCUCGUCGAAUUUGACCUUGCCAUGAAGGAUGUCGAACUUCCUCUUGAUGGGAGGAUUCGACUUGAUAUUUCCGAUGAACAAAUUGUGUUCACAAUUCAACAAUUUAACUCCCCUCGUGAAAAGGUAACAAUAGCGGACUUAAUGUCGCGAGGUUUGCUGCCGUCGUCGUCCAAAGACUUGCCAUCCUCAGCAGAGAAACAACCUGAAAAUCAUGGAGAAGAAAUGAAAUCCACAGCAAAUGGAUCAAAGGAUGUUGCAGUGGGGUUGAGAGAGGCGCUGUCUAUGUGCAAAAUAUCAAACAGCCGAAGACUUCCUUCUUUUUCUGGAUCUAAGCAGCCAGCCCGAGAUGAAGAAACCUUUGAUCUGUGGGUGGAAAUUGUCCAUGGGCAAUUAGAAGAGGAAAGCGAUGAAGGAGAGAAGAGAAAGAGACUAAGAGAAGCACUGCGUGCCCCAGCUGCAAAUAUGAUCACUGACUAUAGGAGAGACAACCCACAAGCCACAGCAGCUGAUUACCUAACUGCUUUAGAACUUGCAUUUGGUGACACACAAUCAGCAGAGGAGUUGGGAAUCAAGUUUCAUCAGCUACAUCAGAAGAAAGAAGAAAAGCCCUCAGACUUUCUGACACGCCUUCAGGGUCUUCUUCGGAAGCUGAUUCGAAAAGGGGGUGCACUACCGGAUUCAGCAAACUCACUGCUGUUGUCUCAGUUCAUUCGUGGAACACUAUACAACGACAUGAUGCUUAUCAACCUCAGACUGAAGGAUAAAGUGAAAACACCACCUACGUAUCUAUCUCUUCUUCAGAUGGUGAGGAGAGAAGAGGCCGAACAAGCAGAAAAGAUCAGCCAUAGAGAGCCCGAGUCUGUUUCCAACCCAUCUGCAGUCUCCAUCCCACAACAACAACCUAAAACACAGGCCAAAAGUUGUAAGUUUGACCAGAGAGGUGAUAAAGGCAGAGCAAAUCAGCGUCCAAACUUUUGUUUCAAGUGCGGUUUGGAAGGCCACUACCGUCCAAAAUGUGCCAAUCCAUCCGACCCAGAUAAAGUCAGCGAAAGGUUUAUCCAAUUCUAUCUUCAGGGAAACGGGAAAGGGCAUUCCAAAGAGGCCGAUGCGAUGCCCCAACAGAACUAAGGCCAUGCAGUACUCAACCAAGUUACCAAUGUCAAGCCGACACCGACAUUCCAGAGGGACUGAUUGGGGGACUGACCAUCAGGACAUGCAAGGUGGAUGGGGUAGAGACGAGUGCACUUGUAGAUAGUGGUUCCCAAGUGACACUCAUUUACAAGAAGUUUUUUGAUACACUUGAAAGAUCACUGUACCCGCUAAAAGAUUUAGUGUUGUGGCAUGGUGGUGAUGAUCUUAUGCCAUACUUAGGAUGGACUGAAAUCAACCUUGGGUUCAACGAGAAAUUCUGUGGUACACAAAAGAUGUUUCGAACUCUUGCUCUGGUUGUCCCCGAUAGCAGAAGUGCUGUUGAUUACCAGCUGAUAGUUGGUACAAAUGCUGGAGUAUUCAAGGACUGCUACUCAGAGGUGCAGCGUGACUCAAGUGGAGUGACGAUUGAUGCAGUUUGUGAUAAAAUAUAUGAAGAUAUCAGAUGUUCGACAAAAGCAGGCCCUGAUGGUUUACUUGGGUAUGUCAAACUCAAAGCCAGAGGCAGAGUGGAGAUUCCAGCUGGGUCAACCAAACAAGUAGUGGGAGUGAUCAGAAAUAAAUGUGGGAAGUCUGUUACCGGAUUACUGGAUUCAUUUGUCCCAAAUAAGCUACCUGGAGGGAUAGAGGUUUCUUGCUCGCUUUGUACUAUCAAGAGAGGGUUUAGUAAAGUAAAGGUCUGCCUCACAAAUCAAAACCAGAACAACAGGCCUGUUAUUUUGUCUCGAAGAUGUAUUGUAGCAGGGGCGUACCUGACAUCAUGGGUAAGUGACACAAGCAGCGAAACCAGUGAUGUUCCGAAUCCAUCUUCAUCUGGAGUGGUACAAUGUAAGGUGACAUCGUCAACAGUGAAGACACAGACUUCACCGAGCCCAAAGUGUUCAAUUACAGAAGAGGAAUUCCGGAAAUUACCCUUUGAUUGGGGACCGAUAGAUGCCAAGGAGAAAGAGCGACUACUAAAGAUUGCAUUUCAGAGAGCUGAAGUUUUCUCUACACAUGAAUGGGAUAUUGGUGUGACUACUGAGGCGUAUCAUGAAAUUCGACUGAACAAUGAGGAGCCGUUUCGUGAAAGAUCUCGACGUGUUGCUCCAAGGGAUUUGCAGGAUCUGCGAGACCACAUCCAGAGUUUAGUUGACAUAGGAGUGAUCACUGAGUCGAGAAGUAGAUAUGCUUCACCCAUUGUUAUUGUCCGUAAAAAGAAUGGACAAAUACGCCUGUGUAUCGACUAUAGGACUUUGAAUGCACGAACAACUCCAGACCAAUAUGCCGUCCCACUUGUUCAUGAAGCAUUAGACUGCCUACAUGGGUGUAACUGGUUCUCCGUCAUUGAUCUCAAGUCCGGAUAUUAUCAGAUACCAAUGAACCCAGAGGACAAGGAGAAGACAGCCUUUACGUGCCCCGUUGGGUUUUACCAGUUUGAGAGGAUGCCACAAGGUGUAAAAGGGGCUCCCGCAACUUUUCAAAGGUUGAUGGAGAGGUGUAUGGCUGGUCUGAACAUGUCGGAAGUAUUGGUGUACAUGGACGACAUCAUUGUAUUUUCUUCGACGUUGGAGCAAAUGGAAGAGCGACUUGCUAAGGUGUUCGACCGUCUUGCAGAGUUUGGCUUGAAGGUUUCUCCGAACAAAUGCCAGUUUUGUUGUACUUCUGUGCGAUACCUCGGCCAUAUUGUCUCUGGAGAAGGAGUUCAGACUGAUCCGGGGAAGGUAGAGGCGUUGAAAACUUGGGCUUGUCCAGACAAUGUCCGUCAACUGCGAUCCUUUUUAGGGUUUGCGAGUUAUUAUCGUAGAUUUAUUGAAGGGUUUUCUGUUGUGGCCAAACCUUUGUUUCAGCUGACGGGGGGUGUUCAGAAGAAGGACUCUGUGACUAAGGAAAAUUCUGUCAACCCGAGAGCUCCAUUUGGACCACGUUGGACACAAGAUUGUGAAACAGCAUUUCAAACCUUGAAAGAGCG